GUUUUCCAGCCGUCGAGUUUUGCCUUCCCACUCUCUCCUCGGUGGCAACAGAGCCGGCGAAUGGGUAGGAUGGACAUCCCGCUGAUGGAGGAUCUCCCCCCCGGCGCCCACAACACGCUGGUGAUAGCGCUGAUAGUGUUUGUGGUGCUAUGGAUCACCAAGAUCACCAUCCAGACGCUGCGGCUGUUCGAGCUGCACCAGAAGAUCCUCACGCAGGAGGCCCUCUACCUUGACGGCAUGAGCAGCUACGCCAAGGACUUCCAGCGGCUCGUCCGUGCGCACUUCAACCAGAUCCUCCGCAUGCGCCGCACCGUCCCCCCCACAACCGUCCCGCGUGUCUCGGUCUUCGUCGCCGUCGAUGCCGCCUCACUGCGGGUCGUCUCGGACACUUCACCAGGCCACGGGGCGAGAGUCGGCGUGCAGUUCCGCUUUGAUGCCUCGGUGCCCUGCUCCAUCACCCUCUACUGGGGAGCAUCGCUGCAUCUCCUGCAUCGGCUCCUCAAGGUGGUCGAGGAGCCGCCCGAGAGCGCCUCUGAGCGGGAGCGGGCAGCCAGCCGCACGGCGCUUCGCAACCUGCUGUACCUGAGCUCGAUUCGCGUCGACCAGCCAACCACACCCCCGCCCACCCAGGGUCCCAUGGCCGCGCUGGGCACCGGCGUGACCAACGGCCUUCGGUUGCUCGGCCAGCGCGGCCGCCCUGCACAGGCGGCCGACUCAACACGGUCGCUUUUGGAGAUGGAGGAGAUCGACGCCUCCAACAACGGCGGCAAUGCGAGUGCCAGCUCGGCCAGUUCCCAGGCCGAGAGGGACCAGCCCACGUGGUUUGCCAACGGCAAGUACGUCGACAAGUCGCGCGAGGCCUUCUUCCAGUCGGGGGCGGGGCAGCUCUACGAGACACCGCCGGCAGAGAUGAUCGACUACAGCACCCUCAGGGCCAUGGACACAUUCGCGGUGGCCGCCCCGUCAGGCGGUGCUGGCGCCAGCAGCGCCGCGGCAGCCGAGGCGACCACCCCGUCAGACACCACGAAUCAGGACCUGCAGGUGCCGCUGGUCAUCAUUGCGACGGGGCAGCGGUCGAGAGCCACAUCGGCGUCUCUGGGGUCCAUCGGCGGCGUGCCGAUAGCGGAGGGUUACUGCCAGGUGACCGUGGUGCGUUUCAAGCCCGGCGAAGACCCCAAUGUGCCCGCGGCCGAGGUGGUGCGUCAGGUGGUGCUGUGCAGCCGGGUGGGCAACGGUGCGAUGGGCGGUGACGGGGGGCCGCUGGGGCCGCUGGGGCCGCAGGAGGCGAAGGACAUCUAUGGGUUGGAGGACGAGCAUGACAGGGACUGCCUGAUCUGCAUGGCCAACCCCAAGGACGCCAUGCUGCUGCCAUGUCGACACUGCACGCUCUGCUACUGCUGCCUGCGAUCACUCCGACAGGUAGGUAUACAGACAGACAAACAGCCAGACACACCAACAGAUGGAGGAAUCAAUAUCAUGCAGCACACUCGUUUCUUGUAUGUAUCUGUCUGUGUGCCCCCAGGAGCGUUGUCCCCUCUGUCGCGUCAACUUCUCGAGUUUCAUCACCUUCCCGAUCCGCAAGGACCCCACACCCCGCCGCGGCGGCUCCGGCUCGUCCAACAAUUCGCCAUCCAACAGACCAGACAGAGGCAACCCGCCCCAGCCACCGGGUGGCAACAACGGCGGAGGGGGUGAUGACCGCUCCUGCGGGCCCCCCGGUCCUCCCGGAGGAUCGCCUGGUCGACGGCCUGAUGGGGGCGGAGGAGGCGGCGGGUCAGGAGGAGACAGAAGGCAACGCGACUCGACAAACCGGUCUGGCGGCGGGCUGAUGGGGCGGCUGAGGGCACUGACGGGCCAGCGACACGAUGAUGAGGCGUCAGUGAGCGGUGGAGGGUUCCUUGGCGUCAAUCUGGGUCUCUUCCACUCCCUGCCGGGCAUCAGCGGGUCCUGGGGCGGCGGGGCCACCGGCAACUCGAGCGAUGUGACGCCCCUCCUGAACCACGGCGCCCCCUCUGCGCCUAUGAGCUCCCCUGCGGUGGCGGACCGCUCAACCGCAGAUAUCCUCGCGGCCAGACCACCACACGCGCCCACCAUCAAUGUGGAGCUGGGAGGGCUUCUGUCGUCUUCCCGUCCGGACAGCAAGAAGGCACACGAGGGAGGGGGGCUGGGGAUGGCCACCGGUGCGUCUGGGGCGGCGAUGAAUGGCGGCGUGUACACACAGGCGACGGCGAGUGGCAGCGGGAGUGGGGGUGCGAGUGAUGAGGAGCUGUAUGAGGACGCCGAAGAGGCGGAUGACGUGGAGGAGGGCAUGGGGGUGCGGCUGCUGAGCCACGCUGCUGCUGCAGCACCAGCACCGGCACCGGCCACAGGCACAGCCACGGCAGGUGAUGGGAGGCGGAAGGUGGUCAAGGAGGAGGCGUGUGGCGGUGGGGGCCGCGCCAUCUUAAUGAGUGGGAGAGAUGUCGUCUGACUGAUCGAUCGACGUGGGAUGGGACAGACAGACAGACAGACAGAUUGGCGACGUCGCGCGUUUUUCCUUUUGCGUGUGGAUGCAGUUGCAUUGUGCCCACAUUUGUCAUCUGCGCGUUCUUUCAUUUCUCUCACGUCGCGUGCCUCUGUCUGUCCAUUCAGGCCAGCAGCCGCGAAGGGGCACACACAGCUGCACGUUCGCGUGAGGGGGUAGAAAGGGACAGAGCAGAUGACGAACAGGCAGACAGCUGAAUGUGUGUAUGUGUGUGUAUUGGCGUGGGUGGCUGGGCUGGGUAGACACGGACGCCCACCUCGUUGGUUGCCGAGUCAGUCGAGGCCAUCUCUUUUUCUGAUGGAUAGCGACCAUCCCAUCCACAGACAGAUUUCAUGCAUCAAGCACUGACUGAGACUGACUGCAUGUGAUGGAUGUGUUGAUUGAUGUCAACCUUCUGACACUGACGAACGAGCAGCAGAGUCGAGUCCCCCCGCACCACAUCCCUAUCAUUCGU